AUGCCUAAGUGCCCCAGGUGCAUGAAGGAGGUCUAUUUCGCUGAGCGAGUCACUUCACUCGGCAAGGACUGGCACAGACCAUGCCUGAAAUGUGAGAAGUGCUCCAAAACACUAACCCCAGGCAACCACAGUGAACAAAUGGUCAAAUGCCUAUCCCUAUUAUCUGGUCCUCGUUCCUGUGGCACUGCCGAUUGCCGGUCAGGAUCCAAUAUAGGUAGUAUACCUCAGCUCUUCUUCAGUACCUAG